GUGGGCUGGACUCCGCUCCAAAAUAAGUUCACUCAUUUCACAACGCAACGACUGGGCGGCUCAACAAUAGUCCUAGUUUUAACAGACGUAUAGUGAAGGAGUUGUCUAAAUUUAGUUCAGGCUCAACUUUGCUGUCUUAGUUUUCAACGAAACUAAGGUCCAUCGGGAAGUGGGUUACCACCACCACCACCACCACUCCGCAGCCAUGAGUUCCCAGAACAGAUAUGCUAGCAGCAUGUUCCAGACGAUGGACGAGGACCUGAAUGCGUCUCUGGCCCAGGCUGAUGAGUUAUCCAGAGAGUUUACCUCUCUGUUGCAGGAGGUCUCCCCCAGCACACAGUCUGUUUCUCAGACUACAUCGGAUGCUGUGAUCCCCAGAGAAAUGCCCCAGCCCUCAACCUCAGAGAGACAGACAGGAGGAGGCUCCAGCUCUCUCCCCUACUCCCCCAUCUCUACCCUCCCCUACUCCCCCAGCUCCAGCUCUCUCCCCUACUCCAUCUCCAGCUCUACCCUCCCCUACUCCCCCAGCUCCAGCUCUCUCCCCUACUCCCCCAGCUCCAGCUCUACCCUCCCCUACUCCCCCAGCUCCAUCUCUCUCCCCUACUCCCCCAUCUCCAGCUCUACCCUCCCCUACUCCCCCAGCUCCAACCUGGAUUCCAUGUUCUCCAGCAGUAAGGUGAUGCCUUCCUCCUACGGUCAGCUGACCCCUCCCAACCAAUCACCUCGUACCCAGCGUCGUGCGUCUCCUUCUCGCCGAAUGACCUAUGACCGCAGCCCGCGAGGAUCAAUCAGCUAUAUUGAUUCAAACCACUCCCCUCCUUCCCCUGUUCCUGGCUACGAUCAAUCACAUCGGGGGAGGGUACAACCCUCACACUCCAAUCUGUUAUCCCCGUAUGACUCUGCUACGAUGGGUCGGACAUCCCCACGACUGGGCCGAAGCCACUCCCCUUGCAAGUUCAGCCAACCAGCAGCACCCAGCACCCUGCCACGGAACUUUGUGCCUUUCAGCCAAUCUGAUGAAGUCAUGCAGAGACCGAAGAACCAAGGUAAAUGGAACGAGACCGAUCUGGACGUGGCAUCUCAUAAGAAGAAACCUCACCACUCCUACGACAAGACUGAGUGGCUGAGACCGUUGGUUCCAAACACCAACUGGAGAGAAUCUAACCUGGAUGGCCCUUCCCCUUCUAAGAAGGACACCCUGCCUCGUUCCCACCAGUCCACCCACUCAUCUCUCCCCCGUAACACCCGUAUCACUGUUCCUCCCGACUCAUCCUCCCUCUACCACGCCCCUCCACAACCAAUCAUAUCCCGUAUCUCCAUCCCCCCCUGCUCCUCCUCCUCCCAGCCCCCCCGUCAGCACAGACCCAUCCCUCUCUCCGUCAUCAUGCGGCUCCAGAACCCCUACUGGGCAUCGUCUGCCCUCCACCCCCGGGCCCUGGGUACCGAGAGGGAUAUGGGUCUGUACCGCCAUGCUGUACCCAGGGAGUAUAGGGAUUACCUGGAGUACAGAGAGUACCAGACCCAGCCACAGACCCAGCUACCGGCCCAGCCACAGACCCAUGAGCUCAGGCAGCCAGCCUACCAUGGGGAAGUGCUGAAACCAGGUGAUGUUGACAUUGAGUUGGAGCGACUGGACCCAAUUCAUCAAAGUCCCAUGGCCCCUGACCCAGCUCUCCCAGAGAAAGGGAGGGAGACAGAGAGGGGAGGAGGAGGAGGAGGAGAACCCCAGGCGGUGGCCCCCAGGCCCCUCAGCCCGUCCAAGCUGCAACCAGUGGUGGCUGCAGAGAGCCCAGAUGUCCCUGACAUGGAAGAGCUACUUCGGAUUCGCUCUGAGAUCCCCCGGGCCCUGAAGAGACGCGGCUCUGUGACCCCUAACUCCAAUCUUGACCCAAACCCUGAACCGGGGUCACAAGCCCCUGUCCAACCCCAGAAGAAGCCAGCCACCCUGCAGCCGGACCACAAUCACAAACAGUACAAACAGAUCAUGAAUAAACUUUUCCGGAGGAAGGGGUUGACGGGCCAGCAAGGGGGGGAGAUGGGGAGUGACUACAGCUCCUCUUCGGAUGGAGAAGGGGACAGCUCUACAUCCCUCUCCCCUGUCACUAACCCUGUCCCUAACCCUGGACCUAACACUGGACCUAACCCUGGACCUAACACUGGACCUGCCUUGCCAGAGUACAGGGGGUACAAUUCCAUCCUGCGUCGGGCCAGUCGGGAACGAGGGGAUUCUGGUCAGAGGGCUCGGCUCAGCCCUCUGGUUCUACUGCUGGACGGGUCACUGGUGGGGGAACUGGACACUGUUCAGAGGGCCGUGCAGGAGAUGAAUGACCCGAGCCAGCCGAACGACGAGGGCAUCACAGCCCUCCAUAACGCCAUCUGUGGAGGUCACUACAGCGUGGUGGACUUCCUGGUUCGUAUAGGAGCCAACGUCUCCGCCCCAGACAGCCACGGAUGGACCCCCCUCCACUGUGCAGCAUCCUGUAACGACCUUCCUCUCUGUCAGUUCCUGGUGAGGAACGGAGCAGCCGUCAUGGCGGUGACGGAGAGCGAUGACGCCACAGCAUCUCAGAAGUGCGACCCGUACGCUAUGGGCUUCGAGGAGUGCGAGAGCUUCCUCAGGGGUGUGGAGGAGGCGAUGGGUGUGGAGAACAGUGGGGUACUGUAUGCCCUGUGGGAGUACCCUGCCCAGGAGGCAGACGAGCUGGGCUUCAGAGAGGGGGACAUGGUGACUAUCCUCCAGAAGCCUGACGGGGUAGAUUGGUGGUGGGCAUCACUUUGUGGCCGAGAGGGAUUCAUACCUAACAACUACUUUGGGCUGUUCCCCAAAGUUCGUCCUAAGUCCCUCUGCUAGACCCCUCUACCCAAUCAGCCCUCGCCCCACUGAAUGGCUGGAACGGGAACUGGAGCAGAGAACUGUUGUUGAAAACCUGGGAGGAGAAACCACAUUACGCAGUAUAACCUUUGUUCCUUUGUCCUGGCUGAUUUCACUAAGAAGUGAACUAGAAUAACAGGACAUGAGUCACUACAGUGAGACAUAGGGCAGGUACAGGGCAGGUACUGGGCAGGUACUAGACAGGUACUGGUCAGGUACUAGACAGGAGUGUCAGUGAUGAUAUUGCUGCAUUAUACUUCGUCAAUGAUCUCAAUGUGUCACUAUCAUUUAUGUGUCUGAUUUUAUUGGUAUAUAAAAUCUCUCUCUCUCUCUGUCUCUCUCUUUGUCUCUCUGUCUCUGUCUCUCGGUCUCUCUCUCUGUCUCUCUUUGUCUCUCUCUGUCUCUCUCUUUGUCUCUCUUUGUCUCUCUCUGUCUCUCUCUCUCUGUCUCUCUCUCUGUCUCUCUCUCUGUCUCUCUUUGUCUCUCUCUGUCUCUCUCUCUCUCUCUCUGUCUCUCUCUCUCUGUCUCUCUCUCUCUGUCUCUCUCUCUCUGUCUCUCUUUGUCUCUCUCUGUCUCUCUCUUUGUCUCUCUCUGUCUCUCUCUUUGUCUCUCUCUGUCUCUCGGUCUCUCUCUGUCUCUCUCUCUCUCUCUCUCUCUCUCUGUCUCUCUCUCUCUGUCUCUCUCUCUCUGUCUCUCUCUCUCUGUCUCUCUCUCUCUGUCUCUGUCUCUCUCUGUCUCUGUCUCUGUCUCUCUCUCUGUCUCCCUGUCUCUCUCUCUGUCUCCCUGUCUCUCUCGAUUUCUGCAAAUGCUUCCUAAAGUAUAUGUCAUCACAAGGCUACUAAUGUUGUUAUUGUUCUGUAAAGUGUAAAGUGUUUAAUUCCGUCAACAAUAUCUAUGACUAAAACUCGAGGACCUUUUUGUCAUUUGUAAAACUAUAACGAGAUGAGAUGCCCUGCUGGGUGAAAAACAAAACAGAAGUGUUACAAAUGACUUCUCAUUUUAGUUGACGAAAAUGUAACUAGACUUCCACGUAAGACUAAUGGAAUGAAAAUGUAACUAGACUUCCACGUAAGACUAAUGGACAUUUGAACAUAAAGCUCCGUUUCUGUUUUUGUCCAAUCGCAUUGCAGAAUAUUUCAUGCAAUCCUCUCAUUAGAAGAAAUCAGUUACACGAUCUGAUUGAGCUGAUCUGCUCGGCUCUCCAACACAACUGCCAAGCCGGUCUCUUCAGUCACUCUUCAAUCUUUUGAAGUGAUGUGAAGCAGGGACACUUCACUUGUAACUAACCGCCACUAGAAACAGUCAUGUUUUACUCUCUCUUACAUUCGUGUCGACAAAGCCGCGAGAACCUCACGACCCAAAGCAUUACAAGCGUCAUGAGCCACACCGCCAUGAGCCACACCGUCACAAACCACUUGCCGUCUCAAAGUACUCCGUUACUAUAUCGUACAUAGUUUAUUUUUUUCCUACACGGUGAUGGUAAUUCUUAACGGGUACAAACCGGUUCUGAUUUUGCAACAACAACAAAAGGUACUGUAACAAUUAACAACAGCAUCUAGCAGGAUUCAAAUGUUGGAAUGUUAAGAGUUGUUCCUCUGUUCCCUUUCUCUGUGAUGUCAUCGCUAAUGGAACCCAGAAAGAAGUAAACCCUGUCCUCAAAUAUGACAAAUAUUUAUAUAUAUAUAUAUAUAUAUAUAUUAAUAAUCCUCAAAUAUUACAUAAAAAGGUGCAUUAGUUAUGGACAAAGACACAAAACAUCCAAUUAACAUCAAAUUAAAUAUUUUUUUUUGAUCUAAUAAUAUGAACAACAACCACUUUUUGUGCGUUUUUAAAUGUAAUAUUAUUACAAACCACUUAAUCAAAAUAUAGAUUAGUGUAUUAGUGUACAUCGGCGGGUUGUCAAGGUUUUCAUCACCAUGGAGAUAAAACUAGGUUUUGUACCUGUAGACUUUUCAUCACCAUGGAGAUAAAACUAGGUUUUGUACCUGUAGACUUUUCAUCACCAUGGAGAUAAAACUAGGUUUUGUACCUGUAGACUUUUCAUCACCAUGGAGAUAAAACUAGGUUUUGUACCUGUAGACUUUUCAUCACCAUGGAGAUAAAACUAGGUUUUGUACCUGUAGACUUUUCAUCACCAUGGAGAUAAAACUAGGUUUUGUACCUGUAGACUUUUCAUCACCAUGGAGAUAAAACAAUGCACAAUAAGUGAUUUGUGAUGGUGUGGCUCAAUUGCUAAUGCUAGGGUUGUGGGUUCGAUUCCCGGGGGGGUCCAGUAUUGCACAGUAUGCACUCGAUACUGUAUGUUGUUCAGGAUAAGAGCGUCUACUAAAAUGGAAAAAUAAUGAAUAUACCAUUUCAGUUUUCAUGUAGAAAUCAUUUGCAAACUGGACCUUUACUAGUCCUGUAAUGGAGAAUAUAUAUGUUUUCAGCAUCCCUCCUAGUAGGACAAGGCUUUCUGGAUGUGCACAUGAUGGAAGUUUAAAGGUAGCCUUUUAUUAUAGUCAUUAUAUAAUAGUCACUAUUAUGUGACUAAGAUGGCUGAGACUAAGGAGAGUGGAAGCUAUGUGACAGAGAGUGGAAGCUAUGUGACAGAGAGUGGAAGCUAUGUGACUGAGAGAGUGGAAGCUAUGUGACUGAGAGAGUGGAAGCUAUGUGACUGAGAGAGUGGAAGCUAUGUGACUAAGAUGGCAGAGAGUGGAAGCUAUGUGACUGAGAUGGCAGAGAGUGGAAGCUAUGUGACUAAGAUGGCAGAGAGUGGAAGCUAUGUGACUAAGAUGGCAGAGAGUGGAAGCUAUGUGACUGAGAUGGCAGAGAGUGGAAGCUAUGUGACUGAGAUGGCAGAGAGUGGAAGCUAUGUGACUAAGAUGGCAGAGAGUGGAAGCUAUGUGACUAAGAUGGCAGAGAGUGGAAGCUAUGUGACUGAGAUGGCAGAGAGUGGAAGCUAUGUGACUAAGAUGGCAGAGAGUGGAAGCUAUGUGACUGAGAUGGCAGAGAGUGGAAGCUAUGUGACUGAGAUGGCAGAGAGUGGAAGCUAUGUGACUAAGAUGGCAGAGAGUGGAAGCUAUGUGACUGAGAUGGCAGAGAGUGGAAGCUAUGUGACUGAGAUGGCAGAGAGUGGAAGCUAUGUGACUAAGAUGGCAGAGAGUGGAAGCUAUGUGACUGAGAUGGCAGAGAGUGGAAGCUAUGUGACUGAGAUGGCAGAGAGUGGAAGCUAUGUGACUAAGAUGGCAGAGAGUGGAAGCUAUGUGACUGAGAUGGCAGAGAGUGGAAGCUAUGUGACUGAGAUGGCAGAGAGUGGAAGCUAUGUGACUGAGAUGGCAGAGAGUGGAAGCUAUGUGACUAAGAUGGCAGAGAGUGGAAGCUAUGUGACUGAGAUGGCAGAGAGUGGAAGCUAUGUGACUGAGAUGGCAGAGAGUGGAAGCUAUGUGACUGAGAUGGCAGAGAGUGGAAGCUAUGUGACUGAGAUGGCAGAGAGUGGAAGCUAUGUGACUAAGAUGGCAGAGAGUGGAAGCUAUGUGACUGAGAUGGCAGAGAGUGGAAGCUAUGUGACUGAGAUGGCAGAGAGUGGAAGCUAUGUGACUGAGACUGAGGUUUGUUUGAGCUGUUUAAUAAAACAAGAAAACUACAAUGACUAAAAUAGAACUAAAACGACUUUGACUCAAACUAGGCUCGUCAAACUGAUAUGAACUGAAACUAAGAAGAAUAAAAUGACUAAAAUGGGACUAUGAUUCAAAUACAUUUUAAUCUUAAAGACUAAAUCUACAAUAGGGGAUUUGUUGUAUUGUUCUGUGUCAGAGGAAAAGGCUUGUUCAGGAGAUUGACCAGGAUCUGUUGUGGGGUUUUAUGUGUGUAGUUGUGUGUGUGUGUGUGUGUGUGUGUGUGUGUGUGUGUGUGUGUGUGUUUGUACACAUAAGUAGGUUGGUUGUUGUUUGAAUGGGACUAUGCUCUGAGCACAAGACCUCCUAGCAGUGUUUUGAUGAACAAAUGUGUAACACUGAAAAUAACAGUAUGAAAUAAAGCAAUGAGAACAA